AUCAUGGUGCAUAUGAAUGUCUUGGCAGCUGCUCUCAAGAGCAUCAAUGAUGCUGAAAAAAGAGGCCAACGCCAGGUCCUUAAUUGGCCGUGCUCCAAAGUCAUAGUUAGGUUUGUAACAGUGAUGGUGAAGCAAGGUCACAUUGGCGAGUUUGAGGUCAUUGAUUAUCACAGAGCUGGGAAAAUUGUGGACCUCACAGGCAGGUUAAACAAGCAUGGAGGGAUGAGCCCCAGAUUUGAUGCACAGCUCAAAGGCUUAGAAAAAUGGCAGAAUAAUGUGCUUCCAUCCCGUCAGUUUGGUUUCCUUGUACCAACAACCUCAGCUGGCAUCAUGGACCAUGAGGAAGCAAGACAAAAACAUACAGGAGGGAAAAUCCUGGGAUUCCCCCCCCCAGAAGUAUAA